AUGGAAUCCUAUAAUAGCGUUUUUCAAACGCUACGAAUAAGGAUUUUUGUUGUAGUGAGAAGGGAAGAUGGCAGAACAGUUACGAAGAAGAAGACUACUCUUGAUAAUGGGUUUGUGGUCCCCUACAAUCGUAUAUUGUUGAGUAAAUACCGAGCUCACAUUAAUAUCGAGCUAUGCAACCAAAACAAGUCAAUUAAAUACCUGUUCAAAUAUGUAAACAAGGGGCAUGACCGAGUCACAGCGGCAUUUUAUGAGACACGCAAUACAGAUGGCGGUGCUGAGAUUCGUGAUGAGAUAAAGAUGUACUACGACUGCAGAUAUCUUUCGGCGUGUGAGGCAAUGUGGAGGUUGUUUAACUUUGAUAUUCAUUACAGAGACCCGUCCGUAAUUAGGCUAAGCUUUCAUCUCCCCGAUCAUCAGCCAAUUGUCUUCAAUGAAAACCAGUCAUUACAAAGUGUGUUGGAUAGGCCAUCUGCCAAGCAAACUAUGUUCCUGGCGUGGUUUGAGGCCAACAAGAACUAUCCACAUGCAAGGAACUUGAGGUACGGAGAUUUUCCACAACAAUUUGUGUAUAAAGAGGAUUCUCGAACUUGGGUGCCAAGGAAAAAAGGAUUUUCUAUCGGUAGGAUUGCGAAUGUUCCCUCUGGAAAGGGGGAAGACUAUUACCUUAGGUUGCUACUUAACAUUCAAAGGGGAUGCACGUGCUACGAGGACAUCAGAAAAGUUUUUGACAUCGUCUACCCUACGUUCAGGGAUGCAUGUUAUGUGUUGGGUUUGCUAGAUGACGACAAAGAAUACAUAGAUGCAAUAAAAGAAGUGAAUACUUGGGCAUCGAUGGAUUAUAUAAGAAGGUUAUUUGCGGUUAUGUUGCUUUCCAAUAGCUUAAGUCGGCCCGAACAUGUUUGGCAAAGUUGUUGGUUGGAUUUGGCUGAUGGUAUUGCUUACAAACAACAACGUCUUCAUAAAAAUCCAGAUUUACAUAUAUCGGAUGAAAGCUUGAAGAACUAUACUCUCACCGAAAUAGAAAAAAUAUUGCAAAGCAAUGGUAAAAGCCUGCAAAAUUACGCGCCUAUGCCAGUUCCAAUCGAAUACUCAUAUGAGGACACAAAAAACAUAUUGGUGUUAGAUGAACUGGAUUACGACCGGUUUGAAAUUGGUAGAGAACUUCAACAGUGUCUUGCUUCCAUUACAGAUGAGCAAACAAAGGUUUAUGAUGUAGUCAUGGAUGCAUUAACCAAUGAAAGUGGUGGAAUGUUCUUUCUAUAUGGCCAUGGUGGAACGGGAAAGACGUUUCUAUGGAAAACUCUUUCGGCAGCAGUUCGUUCGAAUGGAGAGAUUGUAAUUAACGUUGCAUCGAGUGGUAUAGCAUCGUUAUUGCUCCCCGGUGGAAGAACAGCUCAUUCUCGAUUCAGACUACCCAUAAAUGUACAUGAGAGUUCCACCUGCAGCAUAUUGCAACAAAGUCCACAGGCAGAGUUGCUCACAAGGGCAAAGCUUAUUAUAUGGGACGAGGCUCCUAUGAUGCAUAGAUACUGUUUUGAAGCCCUUGACAAGACAAUGAAGUCAAUAUUACAGGCUGACAAACCCUUUGGUGGUAAGGUGGUUGUUAUUGGAGGUGAUUUUAGGCAGAUUUUACCAGUUGUGCUCAAAGCAUCAAGGCAGGACAUAGUACAUGCUACGAUAAACUCCUCCCGCUGUGAAAUUUCUGUCAGGUCAUGA